CAUCUUUUUUAAAGCACUAGGAUCCAGUAACUCAGUUUAUUUGGUCAACAGUGCCUUUGUUGUUGUGUACAUUUUAUAUAUAAGUAAACAAUAUCUCCUGGAUCUGCCAACUGCUCGAAAAUGUGUUGUCUUGCAUUGUACCAUUUUGUGCUUCUUAAUAUAUCUCAGCCAAAUGGAAAUCCAGCUAUCUUGGCAAGUUGUAUUUACACUUCUUAGCUUAGUCGUCACUGCUAUGAAAACUCCAGCAAAGAAUCUGCCAAUAACAGAUAAAGCAAUUCUCAUAACAGGUUGUGAUCGAGGUAUUGGCUAUAUAUUGGCAAAGCAACUGGACAGAGUGGGCUUUCAUGUGUUUGCUGGCUGUCUUCAGGAUAAGGAAAAGGGAAGCAAGGAACUGAGGUCAUCUUGCUCAAACAGACUACAGACAGUACAACUGGAUGUAAGCAAAAUUUGGGAGGUCAAGUCAGCUCUUCAACUUGUGCAGCAACAGAUCGCGACAAGAGGAAUUCAGCUGUGGGGAAUUGUAAAUAAUGCUGGAAUAUGUUAUGUUGGUAAUGUGGAAAUGAUGACAGAAGCUGACAUGCAGAAAAUUAUGUCAGUUAACUACAUGGGUCCAGUGAAUGUCUGCAAAUUUUUUCUACCCCUCCUGCGAAGAAGUCAUGGUCGGCUUGUCAAUAUUGCCAGCAAUGCAGGUCUGGCUCCUGUUCCUCUAUUGGGGGUAUACUGCGCUUCAAAAUCAGCACUUGUCACUAUGUCUGAAGUAUGGCGUUAUGAACUAAAGAUGUGGGGAAUUAAAGUUGCCACUAUCAUACCAAGUGGCUACAAAACAGGAAUAAUGUCAUAUGACAUGAAAGCUACGGGUGAUAGAUGGUGGAAUCAGGCCACACAGACAGUGAAGGAUGAUUAUGGAUAUGAAUGUUUUUACAUCAAAUUCAAACAGAAAAAUCGAGAAAGAUUUCUUAGUGCUGAUUUUUCGGAUAUAUGUAAAAGUGUUGAAGAUGCAUUGCUGUCCCCCAAACCGCAGUCCCAUUACUACAGUGGAUUUCUUGCCAAGUCUCUCCCAUUUAUAUAUCUCUAUCUGCCAAUCUGGUUGAGUGAUCCAUUAAUGAAUGUUCUCGUGAAUUGGUUUGAAUUUAAACCAAAAAUGUCAAAUCAAAGACAGGGAGAUAAUACCUAACAAGA